GAAGAGUGAACGUGGACAGGAAAGGAGGAAAUAUGGAGAUGUAAGAAUGUACCAGGGUAAAUUACAAACCAGAGGCAUGAUAACUGCAUUGUGGACUAACAGCAACUCAUCUUAGCUCUCAUUUUUAGUGUUUUCUGUGACUUGCUAUUGCCACCUUCAGGAGAGGCAUCUAAACCCUACAACAGGGAGGAUUAGACCAAGCGAUCUACCAUUUUCAGGCUUGAUUCUCCUUUAAACGUGUUUUCUUCGCAGUGCUCUGAAAGUGCCAGACGUAACUGCACGUCCCCUUCUAGUUUUAGUGUAGUUGUAAAUGAAGAAAAUGGAUUAUGGGCUCUUCUCUGUGAAGAAACAGCAUGUACAAACUGUCAGGCUAAAUUCGGGAGUUCAACAAGAAGCUGGAAUUUGAUCCUAAAAACCUGCAGGACUCACCACAGCUGGAAGGAGACAACAGCUGGCUCCACAUCCGUUUCAAACAGCCCUCCAUCCAUCCCAUCUUUCAUCCAUUAUGGCAGAGCCAUCUCCAGGUUGGUGGAAGCUAACUUUCCUGAGGAGAAAAAAAUCCCAGCCCAAGGUUUUGUAUGAAAUCCCAGCAGAAUCUGUAUCCAACGCUGCCACUGGCCAGAACGGGUCCAGCACAGCCACCGGAGCUGCUGCCCACCCGGAGGACACAGUGCAUGAUCCCCAGCUGGACGCACGAUUGGAAAGAAUCGUAGAUAAAACGACAGCAAGCAAGGGGCGCCACGUCAAGGUGUCCCACUCAGGGAGGUUUAAAGAGAAGAAGAAAGUGAGAGCCACGCUGGCAGAGAACCCAGAGAUGUUUCCUGGAGGUGACGCCAUGAGAGAUGAGAACCAGAGGGCUGGGAAGUGACAGGGCACAAAUACUCCAACAUUCAAUCACUGAUGCAUUCUAAGGGACACUUUAAAUUUGGGGUUUACGGCUAUCUGCCAUCUUUGUCAGUCUCUGGAGCCAUAAAAUCCAAACUUAGGAAAAACUGAGCCUUAGGAGGACAAUACAUUUGAAAAUUGGCACUAGAAACCUGCGACCUUUCUGUUACUGGAAACAUUAUCUGACUGCUAGACAAAACCAGCCAUGUCACUGUAUAAGGAGCUCUGGAUCACUGCAAAUUAGAAUCUGCUGAAACACUUUUUUGAGUUGAGUAUUGAUAUUUCUCUUUCUUACCUAUAAAAAUAGGUACGUAACAUCCUGACACUCAUGUUACAUGACAAGUUAGCUGGGAUACCAAAGCGUGUAAGUUUUCAGGUCUUGAAGGGCCUUGAACAUCUUGCAAAAAAUGCAGUUUAACUCAUACUUAGGAAAACUCUUAGUAUACGCUUAGGAGGAGCUUUAUUAGUCCAGCUGGGGGAGCAGUUGAUCUUUAUAUCAAUUAGUGUUUUACGACAAAUGACUUGUAUCUAUGUAAUUUGGCUGAAAUCAACAUCUCAGCAGUAGUAUCUAUAUAUGUAAACACCCUCUAAACUUGAAUACAUGCCUGGAAUAAAAUGCAGCCUACCUGCACACAUUGUUGACAGUAAAAACCAGUAGAGGGGGGCAUCACUCCACACGGAAAUCUCACCUUUAACAGUUUCUACUAAACUGUUCAUUCAAACACUGUAGUCUAGUUUUUCUGUGAAAGUUAACUUAGUCAAAACACAUUCAUGCAUUCCUUUCACUGUGGUGUUUUAUGUCUGAGUUUUGGAUCUGAGGACUGAUGAGACACAGCUUUGAUUUAUGUGGAGAUGUGAGAAAAUCAAUUUGUAUUUUGACUUACAGAAAGUUGAGUUUAAAAGCUUGUUUUAUAGAUAAAUGUCUGAUCUCUUUUACAGCAUCUGGGAUUAUUCUCAACAGCAAAUCAAUAGAGAAACUGCACAUGACUGCACUGACUUCUAGUGAUACCGCUUUCAGUUUUGAUUCUGGGUAAAACUGAUGUAACAUGUUCUAAAUCUGUUCUUCUCCCAUGCUAAACAGCUCCCACUGUUGCUGUGCUCAUCUCAGAUUGCUAUCUUAAUGCUGCAGAA